AUGUACAGCGACCCCACGUCCACGCUCCAUGACAGGACGCACAAGGGCCUGCGGCAGGCCGGAAACACCUCCGUCCUCGCCUUCAACUCCAGCCGAGGCAUCCCAGGCUACACAGGGUACACGCCCCGGGUGCACUGCAUCCCGGUGAACCCGAGCGGGUCGAACGUGCACGCGGGGAAGGUGCUUGACUCGACCACGCGCGAGCGCGUCGUGCGCGUGGUCGACUACGGCCCGAAGAGCACCUACAACGAGGAGUACAGGGUCAAGGAGGGUGACGUCAAGCCCUUCACCAAGACCGGGGGCGGCUACUGGAUCCGGACGCACCGCCAGGCGCCCGACCCCGCGCCCCUCUCGUCGACGACCACCUACAGGUCCGAGAUGUUCGAGAAGCCCCGGGACACCGCCCGCCUCACCGGCACCGAGAAACUCCCCCAGGCCUACCAGGAGGUGGACCCUCUCUCGCGGUCGAUCUCCUCGCUGGACCCUGCGCGGGGGAGGGCGAACCGCUACGUGACGACCUACGCGUCGAUGACGGUCAAGAACCCGCUCGUCGGAGGCGCCGCCGCUGCCGGGAGGCCGCGCUCGCGCGCCCCGCCGCCGGAGCCGCGCCCGACGGUGGCCCCGCGGGAGGUCGCGGCGACGUUCAGCGCGCAGUCGAGCUACAAGGAGCACCACGGCGAGUUCAUGGAGGACCCCAUGUCGCGCAUGCCCGCGGGGAAGCAGGACUACACGCUGCGCUCCAGCACGCGCGCCCUCAACGCAGGGACGUCGCGUGGGUCGCGGCACAUCCCGGGGUACGCGGGGCACAUCAGCCAGAACGGCGUGUCCGGCGUGGACCCUCGGCCGGACGGCAAGGCGGGCGUGCUGCUCCACCAGCUGGACCAGUACAGCCGCGACUGGCUGCCCGGGUACGGCGGGCACCGGCCACAGGCGCCCGGCAACCUGCGCCUGGACAUCGUCACGGACCUGGACACCACGCAGGGGCGCGCCAACCGCGACGUCGUGCACGGCCACCACGACAACACCAUCUCGAAGGACCACUGCAUCAGCAGCGCCAAGGGCACGGGCUCGUUCUUCGCGGGGGGGGGUCUGUUUGUGUCGGCAAACGGCACGAGCAACGCGGAGCGGUACUUCCACCUCCUGCGGCCGAUGGACGGCGCACCGCGGCUCUACUAUCCGUCGCGAACGACUGCGGCGGGGUACAAGUUCCCCCGCUAG